AUGCUAUUACCAAAUGCCCUGUUGAAAGUCAGCAAUAAAACUUCAACCAUUUCUGCUAUCAAUUUGUCUGAUUAUAAUCGUGUACUUCAAGAAGGAUGUCAGAUUGGUGUGGUAUCAUAUCCGACUCCAGUAUCAAUGUGUGUACCUCUGGUACCUAAACAAUUACGGCAACAGCAACAUCAUAAUGAGAAGCACAUGAUUCAUGAAUGUAGAGUGUGUCUUGUUGAAUUCGAUGCAAAAGCUCAAGUGUUCAAUCAUCUACAUAAAGGACGGCAUUAUAAAUCACCUAAUAAUGUUGAAAUAAAAUCAAAACCAAUUCCGUCUUCAUUAUUUGAACAAGUUGAGAAACUAGCUGAUCACAUCGUAAACAAAGAGAAGAAACAAAAAAUAAUUGAUGUGUUAAGAAAACAUAUAAAAAUAUUCGAUACAAGUGAAGCCACAACCAUUAAAACAGUGGUCACUCACACAAUUGAUAUUGAACUGGGGCAAAGGCCAAGACAACAGAAAUGGCGUCGAUAUUCACCUGAACAAAACAAAUUGAUCAAGGAAACAGUGGAAACUCAAUUGGAAAAUAAGCAGAUUAGACCAUCGCAAUCGCCGUGGUCAUCUCCAGUGGUUUUGACUAAGAAAAAGGAUGGUAGUCCUCGUUUUUGUAUUGACUAUCGUCAACUCAAUGAAGUGACAAGGAAGGAUUGCUAUCCUUUGCCCAAUAUACAGGAGACGUUUGAUCAAUUGGCUCACUCACGAUUUUAUACCAAGCUUGACCUUAAAUCAGGAUACUACCAAAUACCCAUAGACGAAAAAGAUAAACCGAAGACAGCGUUCAACACUCAACAAGGAUCAUGGGAAUACAACGUUCUGCCUCAAGGGAUAAAGAACGGGCCUCCAACGUUCCAAAGAAUCAUUAACAAUACAUUGGG